AUGGCUACUAUAUCGACGACCUCUGAGUCCGAAACGCCCGCCAUGUCUACCGCAGAGAGCACCCCUCCUUCCUCCCCUCUGCAGGAGACUGAUACAAAGAUGGAGGCCGCGACAAACGGUGCUCUAGAUCAGGAAACAGCGGUCAAGGAAGAGGACAAAAUGGACAUUGAUGCAGAAGAUGAUGAAGACCUGGACCACAAAUCUCGCGCGCUGACAAAGUUACUAAAGACAAGUUCCGUCUUUGUCGCAAUCAUGGCCGACAAGAUGAAGGCUCAGCAAAAGGAGGCCCAGGAAAAAGCCAAAAGAGUUCAAGUGCGGAAGCAGAAUGAAGAAGCCAGAGCCGUGCAAGGCAAAGGCCCAUCUCGCAAGUCCACCAGGGCAACUGCCGCCGAAGCGGAGAAGAAGUCAUCUGAACAAGAACAAUCCAGCAAAAGGACUGGGAGGCGAGGAAGACCUGCUAAGAGCACGAACCUCGCGAAGAAAAGUAUUACAGACUAUUUCGAUGCCGAGACCAUUGAGAUCGACCAGGAGGGUCCGUCCGUUCAAGAAGCCUUGGCUGAAGCAGCUGAAGAGUAUGAAGGUGAAGGUCUCGGUGCUCAAGAUCUUGUUGCUACUGAGCAACCCAAGCUAGUGACUGGUGGCAAGAUGAAAGAGUACCAGCUUGAAGGCCUUGAGUGGCUCAAAUCACUCUGGAUGAACGGUCUUUGCGGCAUUCUAGCGGACGAGAUGGGUCUAGGCAAGACUUUGCAAGCCAUUUCCAUGAUCGCAUUUUUCAAAGAGCAUAACAUCUCCGGGCCAUUCCUCAUUGCAGCACCACUCAGCACCGUCCGCAAUUGGGUGGAAGAGUUCAAACGAUGGACCCCAAGUAUCAACACAAUCUUGUACCAUGGUAGCAGGGAUGAGCGUGAUGCCAUGCGACGAAAAAAGAUGAAGAUGGGUGAUCAAAGUAAAUUCGAGUUCCCCGUUGUGGUCACCAGCUACGAAAUCUGCAUGAACGACAAGAAGUUUCUCAGCAACUACCAAUGGCGCUACAUCAUUGUGGACGAAGGUCAUCGACUGAAGAACAUGAACUGCAAACUCAUCAAAGAGCUCAUGUCGUACAAUUCAGCCAAUCGACUGCUCAUUACUGGUACUCCACUCCAGAACAACAUUGCAGAGUUGUGGUCAUUACUCCAUUUCCUGCUACCCGAGGUCUUCAAUGAUCUGGACAGCUUCGAGAAAUGGUUUGACUUUUCGAGCGUAAUCGAAGACAAAACCAACGCGGAUGGCAAAAGUGUCAAAAGGAAGAACAAUUUGGUCUCUACCAUGCACGCAAUUCUCAAACCAUUUCUGCUAAGACGGGUCAAGACUGACGUCGAAUCAUCCUUGCCCAAAAAGAGAGAAUACAUUCUGUAUGCCCCUUUGAGUGGAGAACAGAAAGAUUUGUAUCGAGAAAUUCUGGCAGGAACAUCCAGAUCAUACCUCGAGAACAAAGCUGUGGAGCGGAUCGAGGCCCAGAGCCGAUCUUCGUCCCUCAAACGAAAAGCCAACGGCAGUGGUCGAUCAACUCCAGCCAAGAGCAUCAAGCCCAGCCGAGAUUCAACACCGUCCUCGGUAGUAUCGGCAGGAUCUCGACGAACAGGACGUAAGUCGACGAGGACAAACUAUCGAGAUAUAACAGACCGAGAGUUUAACUCACGUCUCCGUCGCGUGGAACUUGGAGAAGAGGAUGUCGACCUCGAUCGAGCAUCCCCGUCGGCCAAUUCAAACGACAUCUCUUCGGAUGAAGCAGAGGAAGUCGAACGUGCAGCUACCCUCAAAUUGGCAAAGAAGGAGAUGUCGUCGAAGAAACUCCAGAAUCCAGUGAUGCAAGCCCGACUCGCAUGUAACAGUCCGCACAAUUUCUAUUGGCCAUGGAAACCAAGUACGGUAGCACAGGAAGAAUCCGGUGAUUUCCCUCAGGUCGAUGAAAGCCUGGUCAGCGCAUCUGGCAAGAUACUUCUCCUCGACACGCUCCUCCCACGACUGUUCAAGUUAGGCCACAAGGUGUUGAUCUUCAGCCAAUUCAAGACGACACUCGACAUUCUCGAGACAUAUGCGGUCGAACUCCGUGGAUGGAAAGCAUGUCGCAUUGAUGGAUCUGUUGCACAAGAAACAAGGUACGAACAGAUUACGAGUUUCAACACUGACAAGUCAUUCAACUUGUUCCUGCUCUCGACACGUGCCGGCGGCCAGGGCAUCAACCUUACUGCGGCCGACACGGUGAUUCUUUUCGACUCGGACUGGAAUCCACAACAAGAUCUACAGGCGAUGGAUCGGGCACAUCGAAUCGGUCAGACCAAGCCCGUGAUUGUGUAUCGACUUGCCACCCGAGGCACUGUGGAAGAGACACUUUUGUUCAAAGCCGACAGCAAACGCAAGCUGGAGAAACUCGUCAUUCAAAAAGGGAAAUUCAAAUCUCUUCUGUCGGACUCGCGUGCCCUCGGUCGCAACAUGGACAUGGAUGAGAUUAAUGGUCUCUUUGCCAAUGAAGAAUUUGAAAAGUACGAUGUGGUCGACAACGGUGAUGGUGCUUUGGGCGGCAAGAUUCUCAAGGAAGAGGAGCUGAAGAUCCUCACCGAUCGAUCCGACAAGGCGUACGAGAGAGCAGAGAAGGGUCUUGAUGUUGGUGGUGAAGGAACGGCGUUUAAAGUUGCAGAGACCAAACGGGAGGACGGGACGACAACGGAUGUUUUGGCUGAUUUCACCACAAAGAGCAAGUCUAACAAAGUUGAGUGAUGAUGAAUCAGAUGGCAUCGAUGGGGUUGGAUGGAUGAUAUUUUGUCGGCGCUGUGACUGGAGGAACCUUGUUACAGCGUGAAUAGUUCCUUGAAAUGGUUAUCAAGCUAUAGCGAAGGUGCUGGUGUAUACUACGUGGCUGAGACUUGGUGUUGUGAAUGGCUGUUGUUAUUG